UGUGCUAGAGGAACAGACGCCUGGGUGUUGAGCGCAGUGGCGGAGAUUAGUGGCGACCACCUGUUGUGCUGUUUGGGCAAAGAAGGGAGUUUGCUAAGAAUGCUGCUGGAUUAGGACCCUCCAAUCUCACUCUGGAUUAGGACCCUCCAAUCUCACUCUUUAGAGGAAAAGAACUCUCUCUCCCUACUGGGCUUCUUGUUAAUCCAGACGCAAGCAGUGAAGCCAAGCGUCUGAGCUUCUCCGGCUGUUCGAAGUUUUUGGCGAGAGAGACGUGAAAGUAGGGUACUUUUCGGGAAACCUUCAGAGCAGGACGCGGGCGCCGUGAUGCCGGGGCCUGUGUCGGCCAUGGCGAUGCCCAUCGGCAGGGCUCCUAGUAGGCAGGACGAGCGCGUGGCGUUGCUGGAGCGUGUGGCGUCGCUGGAGCGCGUGGUGUCGCUGGAACAUGUGGCUUCGCUGGAACGCGUGCCCACGCCGUUUCGGGAACAGAGGUCCUCGAAGACGCUGCAGAAGCUGGCGCUGACGCGGCUGGUGGAGGAGUUCCUCUGGGUCGGGGGAAACAUGGGCUCCGGGUCCGGGUGGAAGCUAGGGCUCAUGGUGGAGAAAUGCAUGUCCUCCAUGCAGUCGGGUUGUCAGAUGCUGAAGCUGCGGGGCGGUCCGAAGGGUCUGGUGCGAUUCUUCUUCCUGGACGACCACAAGUCCUGCAUCCGCUGGAGACCCUCCCGCAAGAACGAGAAGGCCAAAAUCUCCAUCGACUCGCUCCGCGAGGUGCGUGAGGGGAAUCAGUCGGAGAUCUUCCAGCGCUAUGCGGACGGCAGCUUCGACCCGAACUGCUGCUUCAGCAUCUACUACGGGGAGCACAUGGAGUCCCUGGACCUGGUGUCGGGGACGGGCGAGGAGGCCCGCACCUGGAUCACCGGCCUCAAGUACCUGAUGGCCGGCAUCAGUGACGAGGACAGCCUGGCCAAGAGACAGAGGACGCGAGACCAGUGGCUAAAGCAGACGUUUACGGAGGCGGAUAAGAACGGAGAUGGCACCCUGAGCAUCAGCGAGGUCCUUCAGCUCCUGCACAAACUCAAUGUAAAUCUGCCACGGCAGAAAGUCAAGCAGAUGUUCAAGGAGGCAGACACGGAUGACAACCAGGGCACGCUAGACUUUGACGAGUUCUGCUCCUUCUACAAGAUGAUGUCCACGCGCCGCGACCUGUACCUGCUCAUGCUCACCUACAGCAACCACAAGGACCACCUGGACACCGACGACCUGGCACGCUUCCUGGAGGUGGAACAGAAGAUGACCAAGGUGACUAAGGAACACUGCAUGGAGAUUGUGAACAAGUUUGAGCCCUGCCCGGACAACCAGAAGCAAGGGGUUCUGGGUAUUGAUGGCGUCACCAACUACAUGCGGAGUCCGGCGGGCGACAUCUUUAACCCAGCGCACUACGAGGUAAACCAGGACAUGAGCCGGCCGCUGUGCGACUACUUCAUCGCCUCCUCCCACAACACCUACCUGAUGGGGGACCAGCUCAUGUCCCAGUCGCGCGUCGACAUGUACGCCUGGGUCCUACAGGCUGGCUGCAGAUGUGUCGAGGUGGACUGCUGGGAUGGACAAGAUGGAGCGCCUAUUGUGCAUCAUGGCUACACCCUAACUUCCAAAAUCCUCUUCAAAGACGUCAUUGAGACCAUCAACAAAUAUGCCUUCGUCAAGACCCCGUACCCAGUGAUCCUGUCCAUAGAGAACCACUGCAGUAUCCCCCAGCAGAAGAAGAUGGCCCAGUGCCUGAUGGAGGUCCUGGGGGAGAAGCUGGACCUGGGCUCCAUCACUCUGGACGAGUCCGGAUGCCUCCCCUCCCCCGACGCCCUCAAGGGCAAGAUCCUCGUCAAGGGGAAGAAGCUCCCUCCUAACAUUGAUGAGGACGCAGAGGAAGGGGACGUCUCAGAUGAGGACAGCGCCGAUGACAUGGAGGACGACUGCAAGCUGAUGAACGGAGACACGUCCAUGACUCGUAAACAGGUGGAGAAUGUGGCCAAGAAGAAGCUGGAUAACCUGAUGAAAGAGUCCAAGAUCCGCGACAGAGAAGACCCUGACAGCUUUACCAUCUCAGCACUGCCCCCCUCAGGCAAGAAGGACAAGGACAAGGACAAGGAGAAGUCUCCCCACAAGGAGAAUGCAGAGGACAGCGCCGACACGGCAGACGAGUCCAGCCUCAGCACCAACAAACGCACGGGGCGCUCCUUCAUAGGCAGCUUCUCCAAACGCAAGAAAAAGUCGACGAAACUGAAGAAGACUUCAAGCUUUGAGGACACAGAUACAGACCCGGAGAGCUCCAGCAGUGCAUCACGAGCACCUCUACACCAUAACAGGAAGAAGAAGACCAUGAAGCUGUCCCGGGCUCUGUCUGACCUGGUCAAGUACACCAAAUCAGUGGGCCUGCAGGACAUAGAGACACAAGCAGCUGCGUGUAGCUGUCAGGUGUCUUCCCUGAGCGAGACCAAGGGCCAUCAGAUCCUCCAGCAGAAGGCGGCCCAGUUCACCCACUUCAACCAGCGCCAGCUCUCCCGCAUAUACCCGUCCUCGUACCGCGUCGACUCCAGCAACUUCAACCCACAGCCCUUCUGGAAUGCAGGCUGCCAUCUGGUUGCUCUGAACUACCAGUCGGAGGGACGGGUUCUCCAGCUCAACCGCGCCAAGUUCUACAGCAACGGCAACUGUGGCUACAUCCUCAAGCCAGACUGCAUGUGCCAAGGUGCCUUUAAACCCAUGCUGGAGGACCCUCGGCCUGGCUGCAUGAGGAAGCAGCUGGUGCUGAAGAUCAUCAGUGGACAACAGCUGCCCAAACCCAAAGACUCUAUGCUGGGAGACAGGGGAGAGAUCAUUGACCCUUUUGUGGAGGUGGAGAUCAUCGGCCUGCCAGUCGACUGUUGCAAGGAGCAGACACGUGUGGUGGAUGACAAUGGCUUUAACCCCAUGUGGGAGGAGACUCUGGUCUUCAGUCUGAGCAUGCCUGAGCUGGCUCUUAUACGCUUCCUGGUCUGGGACCACGAUCCCAUUGGCCAGGACUUCAUUGGCCAGAGGACCAUUGCCUUCGACAGCAUGAUUCCAGGCUACCGUCAUGUCUACCUGGAGGGCAUGGAGGAGGCUUCCAUCUUUGUCCAUAUAGCGGUGAACGACAUCACUGGUAAGGUGCGGGCGGCCAGCGGCAUAAAAGGCCUGUUUCACAGAAACCCAAAGCAGGCUUCUCUCGACAGCCAUGCUGCUGCGCUGCUCAGCCGUAAGUCGGCCUUCGGGGCGCACCUGCUGCGGCGCACCGCCAGCGCCCCCUCCAAGGCCCCGGGGACCCCCAAGGCUCAGGCCCCGGCCCUGCCCGACCUCUCCACACACCCCACCAAAGACCGCAGCCCCUGCGGACCCAGGGGAGAGCAGGCGUCAGCGGCGGCCGAGGGGAGCCCGUUAGCAGUCGGUGGAGCCGGAGCCGGAGCGGACGGAGGCACAGCCCCGCGCCCCUGGGGAGGCACCAACGGCCAGCUGCCCCCGGGCGACGGCAAAGGCCUGCACCUCAUCCAGAGAUCCAUCACACUUUAUCCUGGCCUGAAAUCCAUCUCUGAGGAGCUCAGUGACCGCCCUCUCUCCUCCUCCUCCCCCACCCCUAUCCCCAUCCCCUCCCUGGCCCUCACCCCGGCGUCGCCUCUCCUCCGCUCCCCUCUCUCUCCUCCUCCUGCCCUCACCAACCAGAACCCGGACUCGGACCCCGGCCCGGACCAGCAGACGACCCACCCCCCCCACCGGAGGGCGCCGUCGCUUCCUGCUUCAGCCCCUCCUCGUUCCCAGACGCCGCCGGACAGCCAGGGGGUGUUAGAGCCACUUGACCCCCCCGCGACCCCCCCACACUCCGCUGGCAGCAUGCAGGCGCCAGUAGAGGGUCAUGGGAAGGCUGGCCCAGGUAGAGAUGGGAGUGACUCUGAGAGCCCCUCCCCCACCCAGGGGGUCCACGCUCUCCGCGCCCUCUUUGACCGCGACCCCCCCCAGGUGGCCCCCCCGCCGGUGCUUCGGACACACACACUCAGACACCCCCCCGUCAGACGCGCGCUGAGCGAGGGCCAGGUACGCGGGGGAGCAGCCGCUAAAGCUACGUCUCCGCCCACGCCCACUCCGGAGGUGGUGAUGGACGCGACGCUCGGCGACCGCAUCUGGUGCGCGCUGGACGGCAACAGUCACCGUGACAGCGUCUCCUCCUCGUCCUCCAUCUCCUCCAACGACACUGUGAUCGACCUCUCCCUGCCCAACCUGGCCUCCCGCUCCCCCCCGCCCCUGUCCUGUUCCCGCCGCCACUCCUACACCCUCCGAUCCCCCUACACAGCUCCCCCUGGUGGCCACCAGGACACCCCGCGCCCCGUCUCCAAGUCCAAGUCCAACCCCAACCUGCGACAGGAAGAGGCGGAGCUGGACGAGCUGAGGCCACGCCCGCUGUCAAAGGAGCCGCAUAGCCCCGCCCCUCCCCUCAUGCAGCGCCGCCACACCUGGAGCCGCCUCUACAUGGAGGGCUUGAAGCAGGCUGCCGCCGCGGCGACCGCACGCAGCCCCCCCCACAAGCUCCCCCCGACCCCCCUGCAGCAAACCCAGCUGGAGUCCGCCGCCUCCAAGUCCAAGAGCCUGGGCGACCUGACGUCGGACGACAUCACCUGCCACUUCGACAGCAAGUACCGCAGCAUUAGCCGCAGCUUCCUGUGCCGCCCGCCCCCCCGCGACCAGCGCCGCUUCGGCGCCCCCCCCAAGCCCCGCGACGACUUCACCGAGCAGCUGAAGCGCCUGACCGACGUGGAGCCGCUCACCUCCAGCGACUUCUCCCCGCGCCGCCCCUCCGCCAGCAUGCUGCGACCCCGGCCGGAGGCCCCCGAGGCUGGGGAGGAGUGGGAGCAGCCUCCCCCGCUGCGCCGGAUGUCCUCGCGUAGCCAGAGCCGCGUGCGCUACAUCGCCAACCGCGCCAAGCAGGCCCAAGAGCGGCAGCGCCUGCAGCAAGGCAUGCUGGGAAGGUCGGCGGCGGGCGGGCCUCUGGAGGAGAGGGGCAACCCUGAGGGGGCCUGCUCUGUGGCACGCAGCCCCUGCUCCAGCCUGGACCUUCUCAGCCAGCUGCCCCCUGCUCCCUGCCUCAGAACUACCAGAACCACCAGAACCACCAGAACAAUGAGAACCACCAAACCCAAACCCAGAGCCAGAACCUGGUAGGCCCGCAGGACAAUGGGGUGUUCUUCAGGCUUAAGCUCUGAGAAACAGAGAGGAAGUGAGAAAGAAAGAGAUGCAAUCUACUACACUGGACUGAACUAAACUGAACUAAACUGGACUGGACUGGACUGGACUGGACUGUAAUCUGGGCAAAAGAAGCACACAAUCCUGUUAUUGUAAUAAAAAUAAUAAUAAUCGUUUUUAAAAAGAUAUCCUACAUUUCCUUGAAGCAAUGAAAAAUGGUCAUUUUGUCUUUUUUGUCGUUUUGUUUUGUUUUGUUUUGUUUUGUUUGUAAUGAAUCUGUAUAUGUUGAUGGAGUCUGUUGAGAAGUCUUUGUUUUAAAGCACUGAUAAUGCUACUGCUUCCACACACUAUGUUUGCCACACUAACACUAGGCCCCUCUUCCUAGGAUGUUGCAAGAUUGGGUCUUGGGUUAUAAUGACAAAUGUCACAUAGACUAAAGCAAUGGAUAUACUGUCUCGUCUCAAACUGCUGUCAAAUCACAACCGCUGUGAAGUGCACGCGUUAGCUUUCUUACUGCCUAGUUAAGUCACUUUGUAGAAAACAAUAAAAAACUCGUUAUAAAAAAAAAACGUUAGAAGCACCACCUGAACCUAUUUUGAGUUUGAAGCACCUUUGAGCGUUUUCUCCCUCCUCUCUAUGACUCCAGUGCAUCUCGCUGCACUAAAUGAAGAGUAAGGGGCAGAAGCUUCCGGAAAUGUGGAGCUGUUCAGUUGGAGGUCUUAUGGGCUAGUAAGGCCCUCGUAGCAUUGGGAAGGGUGUCAUGUCUCAGAUACGUUGUUCGAAAACUAGCUUCUCUUUUACGGCUUUGACUUGCUCUUAUUCUGUACGUAUUUAAACACAUUUGUUUCGCUAGUGGAUGUCUGUGUUUAUUUUUAGCAAUAUUUUCAAACAACUUAUGAAUGCAUUUUAAACAUACUGAAUUAAGGUAUUGGUGGGAAUUUUUUUUAUAUAAGGAAAACUGGAAUGUCUUUGCUAUGAAUGCAUUGUUUUAAUGGGAUAACGUUCUUUUUAAAUGAAAUUUUAUAUUCUGUGCAGACUAACAAAACAAAACGCCUGGCUUUUUUAUUUUGGCAAGCUGUAGACUCAACGCACGACAAAUGUGACCAGGUUACCUGACUCUGCAUUUUUAAAUCACAGAACGUGUCAGGAUCUUUUUUUUUUAUUAUAAGGUUUUGCUGAUAGAUCGCCCCUCUUAAAUCUGACAUUUGCAUGUUCUGUGUGCAAUCUAAUCUCCUGUAUGACUCACUGAUGGCUCUGUCAUCUGUGUUUGGAUCAGCAUUGAGAUGAAUACUAGAGCCGUUUGAGUGGCCACAGAAAUUUGAUCUCCAUUUUUUUAUUGUCAUCUUCCGUUUAUUUUUAGUUUGUUAAUAUUUGUUUUAUAUGUUAAUGAACUGGACGAGUAUGGGAAGCAGUGUUUCUCAGAUCACACUGUGGGGUCAUGACAGAUUUCAGACCUGGGGUUGUUAGGGAUGAUAUUUAAGUAAAAGCAAAUCUAAUUAGAAAUUAAA